UACACUUCAGGAGAUGUUGGACUACCCAGCAGCAUUUACUGAAGUGGAUGCUCAAGGUUGGUGCCCUCUUCACAGGGCAUCAGUUCAACAGUCAGUCCAAGUGCUGGAGAUGGUCCUAUAUGGUGAGCAAUGUAACAGUGGUAGCUUCUUACAGGCUAAGUCUUGAUGAAGAAACAUCAGAUGGGGAGACCCCUUUGACUCUGGCAACUCAAGCAGGACUAGUAGAGAUUGUUCGGACAUUGCUAGAGCAUGGAGCUUCUCCUCACAGAACCAAUCGCAAGAAUGAGUCUCCCCUACUACUGGCUGUAAGGACAGAUGCAUAUGAUAUUGCAUUGGCACUUUUAACACGAGGAGCACUGGUGAACCAGGUUUGCCUAAAGAAGUGGACAGUCAUGCAUGAAGCUGCUAAAGUGGGCUGCAUUGACAUCUUGAAGCUUUUACUAGAGCAUGGAGGCCAGGUCUCUGAGACCGAUCAGUAUGGUGUGACUCCAAUGGGCAUUGCUGCAGAGUAUGCCCAGGUAGAAGUGCUCGAUAUCCUCAUUCACAAUGGUGGUGAUGUAAAUGCUCAGGCACCAAAUGGGGACAGUGUGCUAUAUGAUGCUGCUGGGUCUGGUAAUCCUGACUGUGUUGACCUUCUCCUUCAAAAUGGGGCCAAUCCAAACAUUGCCAAUCUCUCCUCACAGCUUCCUAUCCACCGAGCAUCUUACAAAGGGCACUAUUUGGCACUGAGGAUGCUGAUCCCUGUCACUACCAGAAGAGCCCAGCGUCUCUCUGGCCAGAGUCCUGUACACUCUGCUGCAGAUGGAGGCCAUGUCCAAUGCCUUGCACUUCUACUGGACAAAGGUUUUGAUGUCAAUGCUCUUCUAGAGCAGCAUAUAUCUGAAAACUAUGGUGAUAUGAGGAAGAGCACCUUGUUCUUUGCUGUCUCAAAUGGAGAUGUGACAUGUACUGAGAUGCUGCUCAGUGCCGGGGUGAAAACUGACCUGGAUCCUCUGAGCUCUCUUCUAGUGGCAGUGAGAUCUGGGAGGUACGAGAUAGUCAAGCUGCUCCUGGCCAAGCAGGCAGAUGUGAACUCCUAUUUCACAGUGGUCAGUGAUGCACUGUUCCCAACAGCACUGCAGUACUGCCUCAGAGAUGAAAUGAUGAUGCGAUUGAUACUUAACAGUGGCUAUGAUGCAGAAAAAUGCUUCAGCUGUUGUCAUGAAUCCACAUGGAGGAACCAUAGUCAUCUAUCUGACAUCCCAAAUGAAAAGAUUCCUUUUUGUGACUUUAUCAGUGUGUCAUGGCUGGUGCAGUAUGCAGGAAGAGCUGUGCGGGUUCUUCUGGACUAUGUCAGCUAUGUCCCUCUUUGCAUUAAGCUGAAGAUGGUUCUGGAAAAGCACAAAGAAUGGCCAGAAAUUUGUGACAUUUUAGGAAACCCUCGCUUACUGACGCACAUGUGCAGGUUGGUGAUCAGGAGACAUAUGACUCCAAGGAGACUGGGUGACCCAGGCAUCUUCAGCUCAGCUCCUUUUCCACCUGGACUUAAGAGCUACCUGAUGUAUAAGGAAUACGAUAUAUAUGGCAGGAACAUGUAUUUGAAUGAAUGAUCAUUUUCCCUCAAGGCAACCUAAAACCUAACCUAAAAGAGCAAGCCAGAAUAGGUACUGUGUGAAAUGUUAUGCAAGUUGUCGCUUAAAACAAUGCAAGUGUAAUUUUACAGUCUUAAAAGUGCAACUUUAUGAAAGGACCAUGCAUUGAAAGCUGGUUUUUGGUGCUAUUUCUGAAGAUUGACCAUAAUGACCACUGCAUAUCAUGUAUGCAAAGAUAAUUCAAUUGAAUCAAAUUGUUUUCUGGUUUGGCAUGUAUUGUAAA